AUGAAGCUCCUCUUUCCUGCAUGUUUUGUCAUUCUUGUUCUCCAGGCGAGGCAGACCCAGUCAAAGUCUCUCUCUAAAGAGACCGAUGCUGCACUCACGGAGGAUAUCAAACGCCUUCUUGGACUUUUAGAGGAGGAAAGAGAUUUAAAUAAAAAAAGCCAUGAAACCACAGAUACGGAGGGCGAAACCGAAUCGAGCAGGGACCGGGCAGUGCUGAAACAGCUCGAGAGCUACUUAAUGGGUCUUGGGCAGCCCGUGGCAGCCGGAGGGGCGCAGGGUGAUCAGAUCAGCAAGGCUGGUGUACGCCAAAGGAUCGCACAUCUUGUCGAGAUUAGUCGUGAGAUGGAGAAUACGGUGUUCAUUGACGGUGGUGUAGUAAGGAAGCCGGGACACGCCGAAGCCUCCGAGUAUAUUCAAAAGAAGGAAUGGCAGCAAGGGGACGACAUCCAUUACUCGCCUGAUCAACUGGCGCCAAAUGGGGUGUUUGAUAAACGCAAGGUCAUCGAUUAUAACCUGUGGCCAAAUGGAAUAAUGCCUUGGUAUUUUGAUCCAGCAUUAACCGAUGCAAGCACUCGGGACACCAUCACAAAGGCAGCACAAAGGUGGGAGGAUGUUACUUGUCUUAAACUGCCGUACAGGAAUUCCAGUCACACAAAAUAUUUGAAAAUAGGGAGUUAUGGUGGAUGUUGGUCGUACCUUGGUCCCUCUGGCUCUGGACCCCAACAAAAACUGUCUAUUGGUAACGGAUGCGAAUAUCACGGCAUAGUGAUGCAUGAGCUUGGACACGCUUUAGGACUCGUUCACGAGCAGUCUCGCCAAGACAGGAAUGAGCAUGUCACCAUCAAUUUCGGGAACAUUCAGACUGGAAUGGAGCGCAACUUUGCGAUCAGCAGAGCUAAUAACUAUGCUGAGUAUGACCUUAAUUCGGUCAUGCAUUAUGGGACAAGGUAUUUCUCAAAGAAUGGUUUACAAACCAUCACCGUAAAUAAUCCUGAUGAACAUCCUCUGAUCGGCAAUCGUGCGGGCCUCACCCCCUACGACAUCAUGUCAGCCAGCGAAGCAUACCAAUGUGCAGAUCAUUGCAAAAAUGAUGUACUCACCCCUGUGUGUCUCAACGGAGGCUUCCUGGUAAAGGACUGUACCUGCCACUGUCCGGAGGGUCUCGGCGGCCCAGAAUGUUCGACAACGGACCCCACUUGGUCAAAAUGCGGUGGGGUCUUCGAUCUUGAUGUAACGACUUCGCCAUCUGUUGACUUCCAUUCACCAAAUUACCCGAGCCCAUAUGCAUCUGGGACAAAAUGUGCAUGGGUGUUUAAAACGUCUUUAAAGGGUUACCUCAUCGAGCUGAAGGUAAUUGCACUUGACAUGUAUGGAGGAGUUAGUACAUGCGAUGAAUUCGUUGAAGUCCGGAAGAACUUGCCAAUGCAAACCGGUAUCAGACUGUGCGGGACGAACUCCAAUGGCUCAGUCGCGUCUCCCGUGUAUACCCUCACAACCAAACCCGUUGGUAUGGGACAGAUGAGUGUGUUGUUGAUGAGUUUGGGCAACGUCGCUCCGCGGCAGGGAUUCAAGGCCGUCGCUAGCCUGAAACAGCUGAGUGCAUGUUGGAACUCAAAUUGUAGUGGUCUGCAGCAGUGUGAGGAUAAUGGUUCGACCACCCAGUUCAGAUGUUUCUGCCCUGCUGGUCUCUUGGGCCCAAAGUGUGACCAAAUAUUCGAUGCGCCUUUAAAAGAAGAUUUCGAAGAUGAGAGGCAUAUGUUUAUUGGAUGGGGAGCGAAUGUUGUAAGUUAA